AUGAUCAAUAAACAAGUUGAACUUAAAUUAAUUGAUGAUUCUAAUUAAUAGAAUGAUUCUUCUUUUGCAAUAGUUUUUGAUAAAACUGGAUCAAUCAUGAUUUCUUGUGAGAAUGAUGAGAUUAAAAUUUGGAAUUUUGAACAAGGAAAAUUAAAAUUAAUUAAUACAUAUUAAAAACAUAGAGGAGGUGUUGCAUGUUUGGUAUAUAGUAAAUUGAGAAAUAACUUUAUAUCUGGUUCAUGUGAUAAGACUAUCAUCUGUUGGCAAUAAAUUAAUUAAAAAGAGUGGAAGUGUUCAUAGCCAUUCUAAUAACAUAAUGAUGAUGUUAAUUGUUUGAUGUUAAAUAAACAGGAGGAUCAACUUAUUUCAGGAGGUUAGGAUAAAUCAAUAAAAGUUUGGAAUGUAGAUUUUAUUAAGAAUGAGCUGAAUUUUCAGUACUCAUUAAAUAAACAUAGUAAUGGUGUAUUCUCAUUCUGUUUUAAUUCAACUGAAACUGUAUUGGUAUCAUGUGGAUAUUAAGAAUUUAUCAUUUGGGAGAAAGGAGUAUAAGGAAAAUGGGAAUGUAAAUAUACACAAGAUGUUUAAUAUUAUGAUUGUGGAUAUAAAAUACAUUUAAUUAAUGAUCAACAAUUUCUUUGGGUAACUAGACUUAAGAAUGUUGAUGAUAUUUUGGUGUUUGAUAUAUAGAAUGGAGUCUUUUAAUAAAAUAUUAAUAAAACUAUCAAAUUGACUAAGAAUAAUGAAUGUGAUGAUCAUAUGUAUUUCCCAAUUAAUUACAAUAAAGAUAAAAAUAUAAUAUUGGUAAGACAUAAACAUCAUAUCUAUCUGAUUAGGCAAUAAAAUGAUGACACAUUUAAUAUUAUCGCAUCAUUAAAUUGUUAAAAUGAUUAGAUUUAUGGAACUAUGACCAAUAAUGGAUAGUAUUUAGUAUUUUGGGAUAACAAAUCUAAAAAGUAUUAAUCAUAUGAGAUAUUAAAUAUAUGA